ACCUUGCUCCAGUUGUCGUGCACGCGCAGUGUCAGUACUCGAGACGGUCAUGGCCUUCAUCACACACCGGUUCUUCAGAUCUCUGUCAUCGUCUGCUGCUCGACAUGCAGCGAUUAAACAUGUCACCGUUAUCGGAGGCGGGCUGAUGGGUGCAGGCAUUGCACAGGUUGCUGCAGCCACGGGACAUUCGGUUGUCCUGGUGGACAUGUCUGAAGACAUCUUAAAGAAGACUUUCAAGGGCAUCGAGACUAGUUUAAAGAGAGUGGCGAAAAAGAAGUUUGCAGAGAAACCAGAGGAUGGGGAAGCAUUCGUUCAGAAAGUUGUAAAGAACAUCUCCAUAGCCACUGACGCUGCUGCGUCUGUAGCUCAAGGCACUGAUCUCGUGGUGGAGGCUAUCGUAGAAAACGUCAAAGUGAAACAGAAUCUGUUUGGAUCUUUGGACAAGGUCGCUCCAGAGCAUACCAUAUUUGCAAGCAACACGUCCUCCCUGCCCAUCUCAGAGAUCGCCAGUUCCACUUCCAGAUUAGAUCGGUUCGGUGGUCUUCAUUUUUUCAACCCUGUCCCAAUGAUGAAACUGGUGGAGGUGAUUAAGACCCCAACAACAAGUCAACAGACAUUUGUCACUCUUCUUGAGUUCAGCAAAGCUUUGGGGAAACACCCUGUAUCGUGUAAAGACACUCCAGGAUUUAUAGUGAAUCGUCUGCUGGUUCCAUACAUGAUGGAGGCUGUUCGAUUAUAUGAGAGAGGCGACGGCUCCAAAGAAGACAUUGAUGUGGCUAUGAAGCUUGGGGCCGGUUAUCCUAUGGGUCCUUUUGAGCUUCUGGAUUAUGUGGGAUUGGACACUUCAAAGUUUAUUAUCGACGGUUGGCAUGCAAUGGACCCCGAAAACCCACUGUUUGGACCAAGCCCAAUGCUCAACAAACUGGUGUCAGAGGGGAAGCUGGGCAAGAAAACAGGGGAAGGGUUCUAUAAAUACAAAUAAAAGAAGCAACGGCCUGGUCUGGACUGCAAUAAACUAUAAGAACGUGCUACUUGAUUAUAAAUUAACUUUAACUGAUGUAAUCUUAUGUCCUGUUUUUUUCAAGGACGACUAAAAAUACAGUACAAAUUCUGAAUCAGUUGGAACCUGUUAAAUAGGUCUUUAAAAUGAGAAUGUUCUGAACAUCUGUUGACACUACACCCAGUGCCUUGCUGUGAUAAAUGACUGUCACAUUAAAAUAAAUAGUUUGUGAUUGCUGUGAUCAUUGUUAUGGAAACGUCAGAAAAUAGCAAAAGGGUUAUAUAUAACAUUUAGACACGAGAGGUCGUUGUUCUCCAAUUUAUUGUUGGAUGAAAAUAAACCAUGCUGCAUGUGUAAAUUUGGAAAAUGUUGUGCAAGUCUCAUCUGAAAUAAAUGUACUUGUUUUA